AUGCGAAAAAAUGUGGAGAAUGGAACUUCUGCUAAUAGGACUAACAAUGUCCUGAGGCAGAAUAAUCAGAAGCAGAACUGCAUAUCUGGUAAAGACUACUCGACAUCAAACGCUUCAAAUCGGAAGCAGCAAGGUAGAAAGGUUAGAUCCUUAAAUGGUACAGCGGGUCCGAAUAGGACUAUAAACAAGGUGACUAUGACCUCAGAAUCUCAGUCCAGGAACACGGGCUCUUCAAAGGAGCUUCCCAUGUCUAGAAGAAAGAAUUUGCCCAGAAAGAAACAGCCUGCAAAUGAGGAUCUUUUGUCUGGAAAAACAGUUUCUGAAAAUUCAUCAAUAAAUGGUGUUGGAAGGUCCAUAAAAUGUAAUGUUACAACCGACGGGCGACCAAAUCAGGAUGCAGAGAAAAUGAAGACAAGCAUGGAUGUUGUUUCGUUUACAUUUACAUCUCCCAUUAAAAGAUGUAUGCCUGAUGUACCUUCCACAAGUGAAGUUGUGGAACCGAGCUGCAGCGUUCAUAGUGAUCCUUCCGGUAAAAAUGAUACACCAUUCUCGAAAAGCUCAGGAUUUUCUUCUCUUGGACUUGAUAAAAUUGGUGGGGAUGCUCUGAGUGUUCUUUUAGCAAAACAGCUACAUGAAUUGGCAUAUAGAGUCGAGUCAUCCAGUUGCAAUAUCAUUUUAGAGGAGACUUCGUGCAGUCCCACAUCUAGUCAGCAAAAUUCAGUGCUUCCGUCUAGUACAGUGACCACUACAUCAACGGGACAUCACAAAAGACUUCCGGUGGAUCUAAUGAAAAACAUAUCACUUAGUUUCGAUGACUUAGAUUGCUCUUCAAUCGACAAUCUGGAGCUUGAGCAGCUUCCAGAAGAAAUGGAAGAUCGGAAUGCUAGCAGCAGCAGCAGCAGCGAGACUGGCAUAGAAUCAGAUCUUCCGUGGCCUAGCCCGCUUUCAACUCUUGAACAUGCUGUUGUGAGUGAGUGUUUCACUGAUGGUACAGAUGGUACCAAUGGCAUGAUGUGUUUCGCUCUCGAUCAUGAAGUAUUAAGCUCAUCACCUGGAAUUAAGUCUUCCCAAACCACGGGAGAAACCGACGAAAAGCUUCUAACUACGACAUCCGGUUCAACAAAUUUUAAACGAUCAACCAAUUCCGAACUCGAUUAUGUUAAAAUGGUGCUAAAAGACUCCGACCUAAAGUUCAUAGAACAUGCAUUGGGUCAGACUGAUAAUACCAUGAUCCCGAAUGCCUUCGAUCAGCUCCAGCAUUGGAACGGAACAGAAAGACACAGAGAAGACUGCAAUAAGCUCGAACUAAAGCUUUUACUCGGUUGUGUGAGUGAAUCCCUGGAGCUAAGGUACGGCCAAGUUUUUAUCGGAAGCUGCAAAGGAUAUGCUAAGUGGGGAACAUUGAUCCAAAACAAAGAAUGUCUAGCAGAAGAAUUGUACAAAGAUAUAUUGCGUUGGAGAAACAUGGCAGACAUCUUGGUGGUGGAUGACCUUGUAGGCAAGAACAUGAACGCAAAGCAUGAGAGAUGGCUUGAUUUUGACAUGGAAGCAUUUGAAGAAGGUUUAGAGGUUGAGAAUUCCAUAUUAACUUGUCUAGUUGAUGAAUUAGUUUUUGAUUUAUUGCUUUAAAGGCUCUCUCAUAACCAUUUUCCCUUGUAAUUCACUGUCCAGCCAAG